AUGUCCACUCAAGUCUUGGAAUGUGGCGGUGUUGUUACGUACCAGAUCCUAUGUGGUCGAGAGAUUGCGAGACAGGAUCGGUUUGCCAUACAGAUGGCCAACUACUGCUAUUUGGUGGUGAACACCUUGGACCACACGGCCAUUGCAGUGGACGCCGCCUGGGACGUGCAGGGCCUCUAUGAUUUGGCCGCUGAGCUGGGUGCGCGGUCCCCAAGCGGCGAGGUUCACCGGCGGCCAAAAGGCGCCUGCAUGAGCCGCACGCGCCGGCGCGCGGAGGGCGCGAUGUGGCAGGUGAAGCUGCCUGGCGCCAAAGAGGUGGAGGAAGCUGGUGGUAAGAUCUGGGCUGGCAAGCUGAAUAGUCAGAAAAGAUUGAAGCCGUGCGCAAUGACACAGGUGCUUCCCAUGCGGGAUGGAGAUGUGAUUCCUUGUGGAGAUCUUCUACUCCACAUCAUUCGGACACCUGGACACACUCCAGGCUCCAUUUGCGUCUUUGCGGCGCCACGGUGUUUAUCUCCUCGCGCAGAGCCACUGGAGAGAAUGCUUCGCCAGGCUGGUCUCCUUAUCACUGGGGACACGCUCUUCGUGGGAUCUUGUGGUCGUACCGACCUGCCAGGCUCUGACCCGCGAGACAUGUUCAGCUCCUUGGCAAGGCUUAGCACCAUGAACCCUGCUGUGGUGGUUUGUCCAGGCCACAACUAUGCCGAGGAACCCUUCUCCACCAUCGGGGCCGAGCGUGCGCAGAAUGAGAUGGUGAAGAUGGGCCUCUCCCACUUUCCCGAGCCGCCACCGGUGCCUCCCUGCGCAAUGUGUGGUACCGGACAGCCCUGCGGGCCCAAGGGCUUCCGAAUCGGCCGCCGUGCGCGGAUCGUGAAGCUCACCUCCGAGCAGGGCCAGGCACCGGUUGGCCGGGGGCAUGUGGACCUGUUUGGGUAA